AUGUUUGGUGUGGUAGCCGUGAUAAUGCUGGCGAUAGUUGCCAAGGAGACGGAAGCUUAUCGGACGUACAACACUGGCCGAGGUAUGGUGUACAGACUUGGAGUAACCCAAGAUACCACCUUGGAAGGUAGCACACAACAACUCGACUACCUUCAGUACCUCCUGGUGUCCAAGCACCCUCAAUUUCCUAACAAGCGUUCGCUGGUUCAGUUUGAAAACCUCUCCAGUGCCUGCGGCCCAUUACAGAUCAUAUCCGCUAAGAUGUACCUAUACUACGUGUAUGCUCACAAACCGAGCUGGCAUACCAUCCAGGGAACUCCUUUUAUCCCCCGCUUUAUGCAGGUGCUGCAAUAAGUCUAUUAGAUAUCUUGGUCCUUUUAGUUUACUUCGUCUUAAUCCCGGUGCAUAUAUAUAAAAUAGAUCUAGUUGCGGUACAAAUCCAAUCUGGAAGCGCUGUUCACGAAACUACAUAUCAAUACUAAUUGAUUUCAGCUUGGACAAAACAAAUGAUUUUCUCCUCAAGUCACAUUAAAUCAUCAAAAAAACGUUGUGCUUUUAAAGUUGUUUUAGUCUAUUUUGCUAAAAGCUGUUCUAUUCCUAUAUGUAGUCAAUAGUAGACCCAUAGUAGUGUGUCCUUACCUUUAAAACAGCGCUUCCAGGCACUUAGCGGAAACUAGCUUAGCGACUGGGACAAUAGUCAAGACAAACAAUGUCAAAGUUAUACCAUAACGGCAGUCCUCAAAAGUCAGUUUCGAUUCAUCUUGUGCUUUUUGGUUUUUUGUUCGUUUUUAAUCGCAUCAAAGGGAAUAAACGCACAGAAGUCAGAACAAAUAUGUUAUUUCUUCAAUUGCUUGUUUGCUUUAGAUUUUCUAGCUUGUUUCAAUAAUUUAUCGCUAUCUUUUAUCAAUAAAGGGUAGAUCCAAAUGUUGCAUAGGAAAUCUUCUCUCCCAGCCACGCCCUUUGCGAGCCGAAAUUCGCUAACCUUUGGUUACACUCACAACUUAGGUGUGUUUGCAGCUGAGAGAUACAACUGAUAAUAAGAUCAUUUUAAUAUUUGUUAUAAAUAAUGAACAUAAUCCAUUAUAACAUAACAAAAGUAAAUCGUGCGCUCUGAUUGGUCAGUUAGCCACUACCCUUUGCCCGUGGGUGCACGCCAAGAAACUGAGCUAGCGCGGUAAAAUUUAGGCAAAUUCAACAAAUCUCCUCUCCUGACGGUAAAAUACACCGAUGAAAUGCACAGAUGAAAAGUGGAAGUUGAAGAAAAUACUAAGCUGUCGUUUUGAAGGAAAAAAGACAAACGAUCAAGCAACAAAUUUGCCCUGUAUGAAUUAAUCACUGUUUUCCUCGCGGCUAGAAUCGGCUGAAGGAAAAUCGAUCGAGCGAAGAUUUAAGGUACAUUUUGUGUGUUUUUUAUAGAAGAGAAAGUCUGUUUGAAAUGUAAAUUUAUCAGUUAGCAUUGUGUUAUUGAUCUGUUCAGGUCAAGCUGAUGUUGAAUUCAAGGAAAUAUUUUAGGAAACACACUCAAAUUCGAGAUAGCUUUGUUGUGAAGUUUUCACCGCAUCGAUUAAAAAUUUUAGUUGAGUUUAAACGGGCACAUUACGCUGGAAUAAGCGAAUUUCAUUUGAGUACAGAAACAUUUGGCUUUUCAAAUAAAUUUUUCAAAAAAUAACUUCUGUGUGUAUUAUUUGUUCCUCAGUGUUCAUUCAUAACAGUCGUUCAGAGAACGGUCGAAAAACAACAGCUUCAGCGCCGGCUGUGUGUUGGUGAAUUUCAGUUGCAACGUUGACUUUCAUAGCUGGAUUUCCCCAGAGAGAUGUUGAUACAAAGCCAGUUAAUUUCUUUUUAAAAUUAGUGUUACCUGUUAUUCUAAAGGAAUUACAGUCAAAUUUUCUCAUUUCUACUUUACGUUUAUUUCAAAAAUUGUCACAUAAAUAAGCCUGAUAAUUAUUUCAUUUAUUUAGUUUUAGCUUAUUUUUUAGUUGGUGUUUAUAGUUGCAGCUAUAGUUUUCCCUUAAAGUUUUUACCCUAAUGUUAAGAGCAAGUAGACAGAUGCCAUUCAGAAUAACAACGAAAAACGUUUUGCAAUUUACCUGGAGACGGAGAACGGUUGAUUCAGCGAAAGAAAAACUCAAAGGGGCGGGCAGAUGGCAGCAUACAUGAACUCGGACCGAUGACUCAACCGAAGGCAAAUGGAAAACAAUGUUUUUCUCUUUUGAUUAUGUUAUAAAAGAAAUGGUAAACGUUGUAGCUGUGCAACCAUGGAGUUAUGGAUACACUUGGGAGGUUUGCUAAGCACUCAAGAAGCUAGAGUCGUACUCAGCUAUCGCCUCGGGCGACUCUUACGCUUCUUUCGUGCUUAGCAACCUCCCGCGUGCAUCCAUAACUCAAUGGUUGCACGCUGCACGUUUACCAUUUCUUAAAUAGACCUUUUUACCGAUACGGCGGCCAUAUUGAAUUUACUAGAUUUAAGGAGUAUUAUGGGAUGAAUAGGGGACACUCGCUCAGUAUUUACGCGCGCUUUUCGGGCAAAAAGAGAACUUCACUGUAUAUUUCUCGGGGAAAAGGCAAUUAUUAUUACAUCCAAACACGGCACAACGACCUUUUUUUCCCAUGACGAUCUUUUUCUAGGAAAACUUGGAAAAUAUUGGAAAACUAGGAAAAAUUGGCCCGAAAAGCGCGCGUAAAUAUUGAGCGAGUUCCCCCUGGGCAUCCCAUAAUACUCCUUAAAUCUAAUUGAUACAACAUGGCCGCCGUAUCAGUAAAAAGGUCUAUUAUGGGUUUUAGGUGCACCUGGUAAAGAAAUCUUGGAACGCAGCUCAAGCCACUUCCACGAAGAGAGACAGCACUUAUAGGUGGUCCAGUUCUUACCUGGGUCUGGAUAACACCGAUGCAGAGGCCCAACCACAGGCAGAGACGGUCACAAUCUUUCCCUUCCGUCCUCGAGGCUAUGUGGAGUUUGACAUCACACGUGCAGUACGGCAAUGGAGAAGUGGUGUCCCAAAUUAUGGGGUGCUUAUUCGCGCAACUAACGAGCUGGAAAUUGGAAGAGGAAUAAGAUUUGCCAGCAGCAGCAUGUCAGAUACCAACAUGCAUCCUUAUGCCCUCGUACUGUGCGCAUAGCGUCAAUAAUCUCAUCACUCUUCGCUGGGGAAGCGUUAUUAGUAUUUUUUCACUAAAUUUGAAUUUUGUAUGAGUCUAGUCUUAAGAUAUAAAGUAGCUGGCUAGACUAUCGUAGACUUAAUGUACACCUCCCUAUAUUAAUUGAGAUAAUAUGAUAAUCAGCGCAAUGUAUUGAAAGAUGGAUUACAAUUGAAUCUGAAUAAAGAAGUGCUGUUUAUUCGUUCUUA